AUGGACGAACUACCGUACGAGGAACAAGAGUAUAUUAUUAAUUCUGGAGUUGAGAUUGAUAACGAAUUAAGAGAGGAGGGAGACGAUGAACCUCCUUCUAUGGAUGAAAUGGAAGAUGUGGAAGGGGAGGAUGAAGAAGAAACUGGUGUUGUUGAUGUUGAAGAAGAUGAAGGAGACGAUGAAGAUGAAGAGGACACCACUGAACAAGAUGAUGAUAAUGUUUUGAAUUUUGACAAUGCUCCUCUUCUGGAAAAUGUUGAAGAUGAAGAGGAAGAUGAUGUCCUUAUGGGUGAUGAUUUGGCAGGAGAUAUUUACUAUGGAGAAUACGAGAUUGACCAAGAUACUGUACUUGAUCCAUCCUCUCUUUUUGAUAUUGGACGCAACUUCCCAGCGCGAUUGGAAAAUUUGAUUACAAGUGGAAUGUUCUCAAAUUUGAGUGGACAAUUCCCACUUCGUUUGGGGAUGGUGCCUCCACCUUACAGACCAGGAGGUGCUUCAUCAGCAGAUUAUGAACCUGUUGGCACACAAGCUCCCUCAAGCAGUUCAACAUCACGCUCUGACACUAGCCGUUACGGCGCUGCUCGUUUAUUCAACAUUGAUUUUAGUGGAAGAAAUCUUGAUUAUGGUACGACUGUUUUUUCAUCUUCAGGACUUUCUCGCUCUUCAGCUGCUUCGGUACCUGCAGAAUUGGAACAAAUGCUUACUGAAUUGUUGAAAGAUGACUCUGAUUCUAGCUCUAACAUUUUAAAGCCAAAAAAAGUAUCUGAAAGAAGAUCAUCAUUUGGGCUUGGAUUGACACCAAGUGCACCAAGAAGUAUAAGUCCAACCAGGUCCACCUCACCAACUGAAUCUGAUGCGAGCGAAGCAAGUGACGCAGAAGAACCAAUUCUUCCUCGUCCAAUCACUCCUCAACCCGUUCAGGAUCAACCUGUUACUCCAACAGCAGCUACACCAGUCACUUUUGAACCUGUAGUAACACCAAGCAAUUUGCCAAGUAACAUUGUGGAUGUGUCUCCAAUUCCUCAGGUUGAUACUUCACAACAAUCAACUUUGAAUAUCCCUAUUAUUCCAGAGGUACCACCAUCUGUCACAGGAAACACAGAUCUCAGCACUAGUGCAGCAACAACAACCACUACUUCAGAUAUGAUUUUGUUACAACCUACCAACACCACUGUCGAACAACCAUCAGUGGUGACCCUCGAACAAAUGAUCUCAAGCUUGUCUGGUUUGGAUUCAUUGUUGCCUCGACAAUCAGCUGCCACAAGUAGUUCAAUUGAUGCAACUGCAAAUACCACUGCUACUUCUUCAAGUGACGCGACACUACCGACAGCAACUCCAGUCGAGCAAGAGCAAGCGACAAGUAGUAACACCGCUCCUCCUACCUCUUCCACAACCACUACAACAACCCAAGAAUUUGCCAUUGACCCUCAAUUUUUGGCUGCUAUUCCAGACGACAUUAGACAAGAGUCAAGAUUUUUGAACGCUUUGCCUUUGGAGAUUAGAAAUGAGGUUUUACAAUUAGAAAGAGAAUUGCGAGAGCAACAACGAAGAAGAUCUGCAACUAGAUCAUCUCCCUCUCAUACCUUACCAACAGCUCAAGAGACCACCCCUUCUACUACUGGAGCAGCGUCAGCUACACCUCCUCCAUCCACUACCACCUCUUCAGCAAAUCCUCCUCCAACUCAAGAGCGUGAGCUUAGUACGGCUGAAUUCUUGAUGUCACUCCCUCCGGAUCUUCGUAACGAAAUCUAUCUCACAACAGAUGAAGAAGUUCUCAGACAACUCCCACCAGAAAUGGCUGAGGAGGCUUAUAACGUUAGACAACUUCAAUAUCAACGUCAAAGUCGCCAAAGAGAUAUCAGAAGACAACAACAACAAGAAACAACCAGAUCAAAUUUCUUAGCAAAAGCAAUCAAGAAGCAAAUUUCUCAAGUUGACAAGAAGGAAGAAGAGUUAGAGCCAAUCCUAAAAGAAGAGGAUAUCUCUCUUCUUUUAAGGCUGCUCUAUGUUCCAAAUGUCAAGAAGACUAUAUUGACCAGCGUUAUUCAACAAUUGUGCACCCUUAAACAAUCGAGCAACAUCAUUGUGAAGCAAUUACGUUCCAUGCUACUUUAUCAUGGUUCGCCUAUUGAGCAGAUGGAUUUUUCCAAAAAAGAAGAAACAGGAACUGUACCUCUCCCUGUUGUUUCAAGUGUACUCACCUUGUUAUUGUACUUGACAAAGAACAGUGAGGUUCUUGGAAUUAUCACAGAAACAGAUGCAGAAUAUGAAUACAAUCAUGAGAGAGAAAAUUUUGCAAAGAUGUUUUCAUUCUUGACAUCGAAGACUCUUUCCAAGUCUAUCUCCACGUAUGAACUCUAUGUGCAAUUACUGGAAAGUUGUACAGAAUAUACAUACAAGAUGGUUCAAACUAUGAAGGAUGAGUUGACAAAACUGAAGACUGGGGCUUCCUCCUCAGAAACAAUGGAGACUAAAUCAGAACAAGAAAUUUCUGCCUCGAAAAAGGAAGAAAAGUCCUCCCAAACAGAGGCCAAAGAAGCCUUCACGAAACUUUCUUCCAGAAUGGAUUCUCUCCUUCAGUACUUGAAGAGAAUCUACAAUAGCAACGUAGUAAGAGAUUUAAUAAGUGUAUUAUCGAAUGUAGAUUUCCCUGAAAAGAUUGUGAAAACAGCAACAUCCAUUAUGAAUUACAUGUCUUUCACUUCUGACAUGAAAAAGAUAAUCCUAAAGGAAUUGGCCCAAAGUGCAAAACAAGAGGCAAAAGUUGUUAGGGAUACUCUUGGAGAUUUGCUAUCUUCCAGAGAGGAAAAAUCGCAACAAUUCCAAGCUCCUUUUGAUGCCAAUGCUAUUGAAAAGCUCAAGUUUUGUAGAAUUCUAAGAUCUUACAGUAUUGUUUUGAAGAAGUACAAGAAACAUGAAGAAAAAUCUACUUCUGCUGAGAAGUUAACAAUUUCUGAAGAUCCAGACUUGCUUAGCGAGCACUCACUCGAUUUUGUAUGGGAAUCUCUCGACAAAUACUUGGCUUCUAUUCCAUCUGAACAAGAACCGGCCGAUACCAAGGCCACUCCGCAGACUGCAACUAGGAAAAGAAAAAAGUCCUCCGCUAUUUAUUCUGCUUUGUUCCCAUUUGUUGAGGCCUUUUUCUCGUUCCAUGCGGGAUUCAUUGAAGAAAAAGAGAAUAAUGAAGCUUUGUUGUCUGAAAUGGUCGAAGGAUCUACUCCAACGUCGGCGAAAGGUUUUGGAGAAAAGUCAAAAGUUGAAAGUUUUUUAGAGAGACAUAGAGACUUUUUGAAUACUCUGGCAAGAUCAAACCCUUCUCUUUUGAAUACUACUCUUUCGACUUUCAUGAAAUAUCCAAAAUAUGUUGACUUUGAUAACAAGACCUUUUGGUUUAGAUCCAAGUUGAAGGAAUUGCAGAAGAAGGUUGGAGCUUACACUGCCAAAUUAACUAUUAGACGUGCUCAUCUUAUGCUUGACUCAUUCGUUCAAAUAAGACAACGAUUACCGGAUGAAUGCAAAGGAAAGCUUCAAAUCAAGUUCCAAGGAGAAGAGGGACUUGACGUUGGUGGUUUGACAAGAGAAUGGUUCUUGCUUCUUUCAAAAGAAAUUCUCAAUCCAAACUAUGCCUUGUUUAUUCCUUGUGCUGAUCAAACAACUUAUCAACCAAAUCCUUCUUCAUAUAUUAAUAGUGAACACUUAUCUUAUUUCCAAUUCAUUGGUAGAGUCAUUGCUAUGGCUAUUUUGAACGAGCAAUACUUGGACUGUCACUUUACCCGAUCAUUCUACAAACACAUUAUUGGAACACCAAUUACUUAUCAUGAUAUUGAAAGUAUUGAUCCAGAUUAUUACAAAAAUUUGAAUUGGAUGCUCAAGAAUGACAUUGAAGAUGUAUUAUACUAUACUUUUACACAAGAAGUGGAUGAAUUUGGCCAACGUAAACAAAUUGAGCUCAAACCAAAUGGCAAAAAUAUUCCUGUCACAAAUGAAAAUAAGCUAGAAUAUGUAAGACUUGUCACAGAAUUGAAAAUGACAAAAUCUAUUGAGCAACAAUUGAACUCGUUCCUUAAAGCAUUUUACGAAAUUAUUCCUCGUAAUCUCAUUCAAGUUUUCAAUGAACAAGAGUUAGAACUAUUGAUUUCAGGUCUUCCUGACAUUGAUAUUCAAGAUUUGAAGAAUAAUACCGAGUAUGUUGGAUAUACCAAGGAUUCACCUCAAAUCAAGUGGUUCUGGAACAUUGUCGAAAAUAGUUUUGAUUCAAAUGAGAAGGCAUUGUUGAUUCAAUUUGUAACUGGUACCAGUAAGGUUCCUCUUGGAGGAUUUUCACAAUUGAUGGGAUCUGGUGGUCUUCAACCAUUCAGCAUUCACAAAGCAAACGCAACCAGUGAACGUUUACCCACUUCACACACUUGCUUCAAUCAACUCGAUUUGCCAGAAUAUGACUCUGAAGAGCUUCUACAUGAAAGAUUAUUAUUGGCUAUUCGUGAAGGAUCAGAAGGCUUUGGAUUUGUGUAA